AUCAAAAUUGAAUUGCAUACACUUAUUCCUCAAUGGCAUUCAGUUUACCCUCUUCCUCCUCCGCCUCUUCUUCUUCCACUCUCAAAUGGCUUUACGAUGUAUUCUUGAGUUUUAGAGGAAUAGAUACUCGCAAUACUUUUACUACCUAUCUAUAUCAUACUCUAUGUCAAAGGGGAAUCAAAACCUACAUAGAUGAGAAAAAUCUUGAAAGAGGAGAGACAAUUUCACCUACACUUCUCAAAGUCAUUGAGGAGUCAAUGAUUUCUAUCAUUGUAUUAUCUUCAAACUAUGCAUCAUCUACAUGGUGCUUGGAGGAGCUAACGAAGAUCCUUGAGUGUAAGAAAACAAAACAACAAAUUGUUUUACCAGUAUUUUACCAUGUAGAUCCAUCAGAAGUACGAAAUCUGAGAGGACGUUUUGGAGAAGCUUUGGCUAAACAUCAGGAGAGAUUCAAGGAGAACCCAAAGGUGCAAAAGUGGAAGGAAAGCCUACAAGAGGUUGCCGGUUUGUCUGGAGAACAUUUGGAAGACGGGAAUGAAUAUGAAUUUAUGCAUAAAAUCAUUCAAUGGGUGGACUCGACAAUAGAUAUUAAAACUGCAUCCCAGUUAGACAUUGCUGAGUAUCCAAUUGGACUAGAUUCUCCUCUAAAUGCCUUGAAUACUAAGUUAAAAAUUGGAAGGAAUGACAUUACUCUCAUGAUAGGGAUUUACGAAAUUGGUGGAAUUGGUAAAACAACUCUCGCCAAAGCAGUCUUUAACUCAAUUGGACAUCAAUUUGAAGCUAGAUGUUUUCUAGCAAAUGUUAGAGAGAAAUCGAGUCAAGUGGACGGUCUGGUCACACUGCAAAAGCAACUUCUUUAUGAGCUCUUAGGAAACUUUGGAAGUUUGAAUAUUGGCGGUGUUGGAGGUACUGAUGUUAUAAAGCAUAGGCUCUGCUCUAAAAGGGUACUUAUAAUUCUUGAUGAUGUGAGCGAGUCAUGCCAAUUACAAAAACUAGCUGGAAAUCAUAAUUGGUUCGGUCCAGGAAGUAGAAUAGUAGUAACAACAAGAGAUGAACGUCUAUUAACUUCUCAUAAAGUUGAUUCAACGUACAAAGUGCCGGGAUUAGACGACAACCAAGCUAUUCAACUAUUUAGUUGGCAUGCAUUUGAAAGAGACAAUCCAAUUGAAAGUUAUGUAGAACUCACAAAAGCUAUAAUCGGUUAUGCUAAGGGCCUUCCACUAGCUCUUAAAGUGCUUGGUUCAUAUUUGCGUGGUAGAAGAAUACAAGAAUGGAAAAGUGCAUUGGAAAAGUUUGAAAGAAGUCUUCACAAGAAUAUUUAUGAAAUUCUUAAAAUAAGCUAUGACGGGUUGGAGGAUGAAGAAAAGGAUAUUUUUCUUGACAUUGCAAUUUUCUUCAAGGGGAACUCUGUUGAAUAUGUCAUGAAAAUACUAGGCUUUUCAUCAUAUUGUGGUAUUGCAAGGCUUAAAGAAAAGUGUCUCAUCAAUAUUAAUUAUUCUCAAUGUGUGGAGAUGCAUGACUUAUUGCAAGAAAUGGGUAAAGAAAUUGUUCGACAAGAAUCGUCCAAAGAAGCUGGCAAGCGUAGUAGAUUGUGGUUUCAUGAAGAUGUUCGCCAUGUAUUUGAAGAAAAUACGGGAACAGACAGCAUUGAAGUGAUUCUGUUAGAUAUUCCUGAAGGCCAUGAUCACAAGAUAUGCUUGGAUUCCAAGGUAUUUAAGAAGAUGGUGAAUCUUCGAUUAUUGCAUAUAAACCAGAAUGCACAAUUUUCUGGAGGACCACCGAAUUAUCUCUCUAAUGAGAUAAGAGUGCUUCAUUGGCCUAGAAAUCCUUUGUCAUUUUUGCCUUCUAAUUUUCAUGGAAAAAAGCUCGUUGAAUUUGAAAUGCCUAAUAGCCUCAUCAAGGAGUUAGGCGGCCUAAAAUCCAAGGUUCCUCCUCAAGCACGAUAAUUUGGGAAUCGCUA